CGCUUUGUUUAUGUUGCCCGUGGCCAACGGAGCAAGAACGAGCAGCCCGGUCGGACGCGUGAAUUACGCUAAACGAAGAUUUGGUAUCUAUAGAUAAGUAAAAGUUUGUGAAGAGAACAAUUAUUAGUCGUUGUAUUGAGAAUACUCAGUUAUGGAAGUUACAACGGAAGAGGCACAGGCUGUGCUUCUGGAAGGAAUGGAGGGAGCUCAAUAUAUCACCAUCCAGAGAGCCGACGGAGAAGCUUUGAGCAAAGUACCGCUGUUAACUCUGAAUGGUGAAUUAAUCUCCGAAGGCAUGGUCGUGGAUAUGAUUAAUGCAGGCGUCGGCACAGACUAUGGCACUGGCACACAGUAUUAUGAGGCGGACGACUUGCUGUCGCAUGAAUUAACUGAAAAUGUGAAUUGUGUGAUGCAGGACGACCGUAGACUUGCCGCGGCCUUGGUCGCGGUACAGUUGCAUCAACAGCAGAAACAGCAGCUCCAUAUCCAGUCACAACACGAGGAUCCGACUCUAGCAGACGUUUCACAUCUUGAGACUCUGGCGCCAGUAAAUUCGUACUCCAUUCAAGCAGUAUCAGACCCGACCGCCGCUCCGUCCGUAUACUCACCUUUGCAACUUUUCAAGAGGAUUACGCAGAAUGUAAAGCAAGAAUUUAUCAAUGUUAAAAGCGAAUACGAUGUUGAGGUUUCCACGGAAAGCAGUGAGGAUGCCACGUCGGCAUCAGGUCCCAAGAGAACCCUGCCACACAAAAAAAGGAUACCUCGGAAGCUAAAACAACAACAGACAAAAAAGAACGUGGUGCGAAAAGAUAAUAAUAAAUCGGUUCAAGAGAAUGUGGUAAUUGAAUCGAGUAACGCAGCUCAGGCUAACGUCUUUAAAUGUGAAUUAUGUAGUUCUAAGUUUAGCAGUCAGUUAAAGUUCUUCGAGCACUUAAAGGUACAUUAUGAACCAGUAAAACAAGAAACGCGAAUAGCUCAAGCAACAAAUACUAAUAUCUCGAUAGUGCCGGAAACAGUGCCGGAAACAGUACACAGUUUAGAGAAUACCGUGAUUGAAGAAUUCAGUGAACCUGAAGACCUUAUGGAGGGUAUUCGGAACGUAGUGGAAGAAACUGGCGCGCGUAUCGACGACGAGACGGAUCCUCCGCUAUCCACUACGAACAAUGAACCAGCUAUGUGGACCAUUACUGGCGUUACAGAAGAGGUACAACAAAGGGAUCAACAAAUAAAACCACCGGAAGUUAGUAAUGAUAAGAGUUCCAACGAGAAGGCAAAGACUGACAUUCCACAAACGGCCAAAAAAAAAAAACCAUCGAAAACACGAAAGUCAAAUGGUGAAUUAACAUGUGAUCAGUGCAAUCGUUCAUUCCACCAUAAAAAUAGUUUAGUUUAUCACAUGCGAUCUCAUAGCGGAGAACGGCCUCAUCAAUGCGAUAUUUGCAGUAAACGUUUCUUUGCUGCCAGCGCGUUGAAAGUACAUAAGAGACUUCACAGCGGCGACAAACCGUACAAAUGCGAAGAAUGUGGGCGACACUUUCGACAAUGGGGCGACUUAAAGUAUCAUUCGACGAGUCUCCAUUCGGAGCAUAAACAAUAUCAGUGUGAAUAUUGUGCCAAGGAGUUUGCCCGAAAAUAUUCACUGAUCUUGCAUAGGCGUAUUCACACUGGCGAGAAGAACUAUCGUUGCGAGUAUUGCAACAAAACGUUCCGCGCAAGCAGUUACUUACAGAAUCAUCGUCGCAUACACACCGGCGAGAAGCCACAUCCGUGCGGAGUGUGUGGCAAGCCAUUCAGAGUACGAAGUGAUAUGAAAAGACACAUGCAGACGCACAGCCGGCCGAAAACGAAAUCGAGGAAAAAUGCGAAACAAACAGAAGAUGACAAGGGAACGCAGGCAAAAACGAUUCAGGAUCUCGUGAGAGAUCUGAAACUGGAAGUCGAAGCGACUGGUGUUGUGGAGAUUGUCUCGCCAGAUGAUAAUCAGGAGACUAUUUUGCCACAUACAGGCGCUCGAAACUUGGAAUACACUGUGACAUCUACAGCUGAUACUGUAAACAGGGAUCCUUUGGAAGCAGUUGUGCGAACAACUGAUAGUAUGCAAUAUUUUUUUAUGUAAUCAUGAAAAUCUUAAAAGAAGAAUUCCAUUGCAUGACAAGAUUAUUUAUGGAAUAUCGACAUUU